UCUUGAUUCGUGAGAUUUUUUUUUCCUACUUUUUCUCUUUCUUUUAUUUAUUUAUCAUAUUAAAUAUAUCUAUCAACAAAGUUUUUAAUUUUGUCUGGGGAAGUUCAGAGCAGUGGAGGAAGAUACACCUGGUGGACUGGGAUACGGUGUGCAGGCCAAAGACGGAAGGGGGAUUGGGACUCUGAAAUGCCACCCGAAUGAAUGAGGCCUUCAUGAUGAAGAUUGCUUGGAGAUUAUUGACAGAGCCAGAUAGUCUGUGGGCGAGAGUAAUUAAUGCUAAGUACUUACGCUGCACAGAAGGGGGCUGGAUACCGCGUACUGCAGGUAGAAUGUCGAAUCUUUGGCGGGGAAUUCUACGAAUCCUCCAUGUAUUACCGAAAGGGAUUAUGUGGAAUGUGAAGAAUGGGAUGGGGACAAGAUUCUGGGAAGAUGUUUGGCUACAAGAUGGCCCUCCUCUGGGCGAGCUAGCCGAGAACUUACCUCCGGAAGCGGCUAACGUUAAGGUUGUCGAGAUGGUUUUGAACGGGAACUGGAAUCUAGACUAUGCCCGACUGUAUCUUCCCGAAGCGGUUGUCAUGCAGCUUCAACUCCACCCAGUACCUCAUGCAAGCGAGGCGGACACACCCUGCUGGCGGCUCUCGUCUUCAGUGCGCUUUACGGUCUUAUCCGCCUACGAAUUGACUGCGGAAGGGGAGGAGGAGAGCUGGCAACACCCAGCUUGGAAGGCUGCUUGGAAAGUCGAUGGGCCUCAGCGGGUGAAGCCAUUCUUUUGGCUCGUGCUGCAUAACAGAUUACUCAGCAACGCCGAGAGACGUUGGCGACACUUUGCUACUGCGGACGGCUGCACUGUUUGCGGCGGCAGACCGGAAACGAACAGCCAUGUACUCCGAGAAUGUUCUUACGCACGGGCUGUUUGGGCGGAAGUUCUCUCAGAUGAACCUGAUGUGUUCUUUAACACAAGUAUUGAUCAUUGGGUUAUGCACUACUUGUCGGGCCAGAGAAAAAUUAUUGAUUCACCUCUGUUUGAAGUUACAUGCUGGAAUCUUUGGAAGAACAGAAACAACUGGGUCUUUGAAAAGCAGUUGGCCUCUACACAGCAGCUUUUGAAUCAAGUCAGGGCUCUGCGGCGACAAAUCGAGCAGGCGGGGGUAAUGGCGAGGAAGGUUUUGGGUGCAGGUCUUGCUCGCAACAUGGAACUGAUCGGAUGGAAGAGGUCGCUGAGUGGUUGGUUCUGCCUCAACACAGAUGGCUCGGUGACCGGAGGGCAGGUGAUUACGGCUGCGGGCGGAGUGAUAAGAAAUGAUGAAGGUCGCUUCGUGAAGGCAUUCUCGACAAACUUGGUUGGUGGGUCUAUUACUCAUACGGAAAUGGUAGGGAUUGUUAUUGGUCUGCAGCUUGCAUGGGAAGAGGGCUGCCAGAAAGUGUUGGUGCAGACCGAUUCAGCUAUGGCGGUCCAACUUUUACAGGAAGCAACUCCAGGCCAUCCGCAUUACGUUCAGGUGUCCGCUAUUCGUGAUCUACUGGCUAGGGAGUGGGAGGUGCAUGUCGGCCACAUUUUUCGCGAGGGCAAUGUCGUUGCUGAUUACCUUGCCUCCGUUGGUCAUGCUUUACCGGCAGGGGUCCAUGUUUUCAAAAACCCGAGUUCCAUGUUGAGCAACUGGUUGUACUUUGACACUUUGGGGAUUCAAACCCCCCGUUUGGUUAAUAGUUAAGGGUUAAGGCGCCCCUCUGCGCUCUGUUUCUCACCCAAAAAAAAACAAUCACAGUUAUCAAACAAUAAACAUUUUAAAAUCUA